AUGUACAUCACCAAGCUUGCCACCCUCCUCGUCACCGCCGUCUGCCUCGCCGCAGCCAGCCCCAUCCUCUCGGGACGGCAAGGCGAAUGCCCAUGCGCCCCGGGUCUCUGCUGCAGCCAGUGGGGCUACUGCGGAACCGGGCCCGACUUCUGCGGGGGAACGAGCGUAAUCAUCCCGCCUCCGACUUUUGUUUCGUCCCGGCCCCAGCCGACUACGUCCCCGGGUGGCGGAGGGGCAUGCGCGGGCGGCUGCCCGGCCGGCAUGUGUUGCUCGCAGUGGGGGUAUUGCGGUACCGGGCCGGAGUACUGCGGUUGA